AUGAAAGGCGAACGGCCCGUGUCGCAAUGGAAAGCGGAAGCUGGGCCGACGCAGCUGGGCGACUGGUCAGCCGGCGACAAGUCGGCGGAGGUUCCACUUCGCUGGCCUAAAGGUCACCCACCACGCCUCGUCCGCGCGGCAAGUGUCCGCGCGUCGCGACCGCUGCGGCCGAGCGAGCGAGAAAGCUCGCCGGCAUCGUGUGGAGGGCCCUGCCCAGUGCGCGCUCCGGUCUGCUCCAGUGAAAGUAGUUCGCCGCCUCCUUUAGUGGCCGCUGCAGCUCACCGGGAGGUAUGCCUCGCGGCUGUGCUUCUGGCAUCGGCCACAGCUGAGGAUGCUGCAGGAAAGGGGGCAGAGGCCACUAAGAAGGACAAGCGUGGGAUUCUCUACGGAGGUUACGGCCUGGGAGGUGGUCUAGGAGGCGCUAGCCUCGGGAGCUACGGAGGAAGCCUCGGAGGCAGUUACGGUGGCAGCUACGGAGGCGGCUACGGAGGCGGCUACGGCGGCGGCUACGGCGGUGGUUACGGCGGCGGCUACGGCGGAGGCUACGGCUAUGGUGGAGGCUACGGCUAUGGUGGAGGCAUUGGCCUGGGCUCCGGCGGAAUCGGUCUGGGCAGUGGCUUAGGCGGAGGCCUCGGAGGAGGUCUCGGCGGUGGUCUCGGUGGUGGUCUCGGAGGUGGUCUCGGAGGUGGUUUCGGAGGAGGUGCCGGCAUCGGCCUCGGCGGCGGCGUCGGGGCUGUAGCCAUCGCUCCGACCAGGACCGUCGUCCAGACGGUGACCGUCCCGGAACCUCAGCCCGUCCCUGUUCCGGUGGAGCGCCCCGUCCCAGUUCCUCAGCCCGUCCCCGUCCCCGUCAGUCGCCCCGUGCCCGUUCCCGCGCCUUACCCAGUCCGUGUGCCCCACCCUGUGCCUGUUCCAGUCCCCAGACCUGUCCCAGUUCCAGUGAGUCGCCCUGUCCCUGUGCCCGUUUCCCGUCCAGUCCCCGUUCCAGUCCCACAGCCGUACCCCGUGCGAGUACCCCACCCCGUCCCGGUGGCCGUUCCCCAGCCUUACCCCGUAACUGUACCUGAACCCCGCCCCGUAGCUGUGCCCGUCCCAGUCUCCAGCGGAAUCUCCUCCGUCGGCAUCGGCAGUGGAAUCGGUGCCGGUGGUAUCGGCGGAGGAGCCGCACUCAUCAGCUCCGGCAUCGGUUCCGGCAUCGGUUCCGGCAUCUCUGGAGGCAUCAUCUCGUCCGGAUCACUCGGCGGUGGAUACGGAGGCUCCUACGGAUACGGUGGUGGAUACGGUGGUGGAUACGGAGGUGGAUACGGUGGUGGCUACGGCGGCGGCUACGGCUCUGGAGCCAUCAUCUCCUCCGGCAUCAGCAGUGGAAGCCUCUACUCUGGCAGCCUCUCAGGCAGCUACGGUGGUGGAUACGGUGGCGGCUACAGAGGCCACUCGAAGAUCUGUCGCCUCCUCUCGCAGCAUCCACAGCACGCAAGCAACAUGAGGACGACUGCGCUGGUGUACCUCACAGCCGUGCUUCUGGCAUCGGCCAUAGCUGAGGAUGCUGCAAAGAAGGACACCCCAAAGAAGGACAAGCGUGGUAUUCUUUACGGAGGACUCGGUCUGGGCGGUAUCGGGGGAGGCGGCAUCGGCGGAGGCUACGGCUACGGUGGAGCCCUUGGCGGCGGUUACGGAGGCAGCUACGGCUACGGUGGCGGAAUCAGUAGCGGCUAUGGAGGAAUCAGCGGUGGCUACGGAGGAAUCAGCGGUGGCUACGGAGGAACCAGCGGCGGAUACGGAGGAAUCAGCGGCGGAUACGGAGGAAUCAGCGGCGGAUACGGAUACGGUGGUGGUAUCGGCCUCGGCUCAGGCAGUAUCGGAUUGAGCUCUGGCGGCAUUGGCCUCAGUGGAGGUGCUGGUGGGAUCGGUGGAGGGUCCAUUGGUCUUGCAUCAGGUGGGGCAGGCAUCGGUUCCCUUGGAAGCGGCCUCGGUGGUGCCGGAAUCGGCAUCGGGUCAGGUGUGGGGGCUGUAGCAGUCGCUCCGACCCAGACGGUCGUCCAGACCGUUGCAGUUCCUGAACCCCAGCCCGUGCCUGUUCCAGUAGAUCGCCCAGUCCCUGUUCCCCAGCCCGUUCCAGUUCCAGUCAGCCGUCCUGUACCUGUCCCCCAGCCGUACCCCGUCCACGUGCCCCACCCAGUCCCCGUUCCAGUGAGCCGACCAGUCCCCGUUCCAGUGAGCCGUCCAGUUCCAGUCCCCAUCUCACGCCCCGUCCCUGUCCCUGUGCCCCAGCCGUACCCCGUGCGAGUGCCGCACCCAGUUCCAGUCGGUGUCCCUCAGCCGUACCCUGUGACUGUCCCUGAACCGCGACCUGUACCAGUCCCAGUCCCUGUAUCGACUGGAGUCUCCUCUGUUGGCCUCGGAAGUGGAAUUGCUUCUGGAGGAUCCUUCGCCGGUGGUUCUGGAAUAGGAUCUGCUGGCCUCAUCGGUGGAGCUGUGUCAUCUGGCAUCUCCGGUGGAAUCAUCUCGUCCGGUAGUUCCCUGGGUGGUGGAUACGGCGGUGGAUACGGCGGUGGAUACGGAGGCUCUUACGGCUAUGGCGGUGGAUACGGAGGCUCUUACGGCUAUGGCGGUGGAUACGGUGGUGGCUACGGAUCUGGAGGGGUAAUCUCCUCUGGCAUCGGUAGCAGCAUCAGCGGUGGAAGCCUCUCAAGCGGCCUGUCCGGUGGCUACGGAUAUGGUGGUGGCUACAGCAGCCAUGCUAAGGUCUGGUAAGGUGCCGGCCAAGCAGCACUCUCACAGUUGAGUGUCAUCCAGGUUGUUCCACUUCAUCCUCCCCAUCACCAUCGAACCACCUGCAGUAUCAAAGCAACUCAGUAGUCUCCAUUGGCCCGAUACCAUCCUUCACAAACAGUGACAGAGAGAAUUGACAGUCGGUCGUAGGAAAGGGCUUCAGAUCUCAGAAACAGAUGGAAGCAGCUUUCUUUUACUAAAAUCGUGCUGUGAUACCAAUUACGGAUAACGAAUGUCAAUUCUUGUGGCUGUUUCCUUAGCCCCAUUAUUACAUGUACUCAUUAUGUGUGAUCAUGUCAUCUCCACGCUAUUCUCAUAUGUUUACCUUUUCA